AUGUGGCACAGUCCGUCGCGAGAUUCCAUCGAAAAAGAAUGUCAGCGAGCGUUCAAGAGAGGAACAUCCCCUAACUAACCAUAUCCAUAAUACCUGGAAGCAGCACCAUACAUGGAUGGACACAGCCAAAGCGGAUUAAAACCUGAGGAUUAAAGUGAUUGGAAUAGAACCCGUUAAAAGUGAAUCCAGCGGAAGUGAAGUUUAUUGAAGUGUAUGCAGAUUCGGGGUUGCACUAAACAGCUGUUUGGGAAAUUGUGGUAAACUCACAAAACUAGUGAAAUAAAAAUCGCAAAAAUGCAUUAAGUGAUUUCAAGUGAACGGUCAGGCCUCCCCUGAAAACGAAACAGAAGAAAACACCAUGGUGGCAAGGAACUUUUCCUUGCAGGAUCUAUCCUACAAUCACCUGCUGCAAGUGCCGGAAGAGGAACGAGAGUUCCUAACGCUGGACGAACUUAAACCACAUCAACUGACCGAGCUAGGCGUUUCCGUUAAUUCACCCCCGGGUUCCUCGGCUCCAGGUGGUGGUGGUGGUGGUCCGUUAGUUCCGGUGUUGGCCGAUGAUAUCACCAAUCCCGUCAUCAGCACCGGGGGAUUACUGCAAAACUAUCAUCACCAUAACGUGUUCUACGACAUCAACGCUGCUGCACGAUCGCCGGCUAAUGCCAACAACCCAGCCAAUGACCACAUGACGGCGACCACGGCGGCUGCUGCUGCCCCUGCCUCGGCAGCGGCCUCGAAUGCCGUCACCCUGCUGGAGCUUCCGAUGCACCAGGCGAGCCUUUCGGGAGGUGGAGGAGGAUCAGGACAUCUCACUGGAUCGCAGCAUGGCAUGUCCGGCGUUAUGGGUACCGGAGACUGUGAUGAAUCGCAUCAGCACCUACGCACCACCGGAGGAAAUGGCUUGGCAAGGAAGCGGAAGUUUUCCUUCAAUGAUAACAGUGACAUCGAGGAUGAUACGGGAGAUGAUGCAAAAUCAGUUCGGACGACAGAUGAAAACAAGAAACAGAACCACAGCGAAAUCGAAAAACGGAGACGGGACAAGAUGAACACCUACAUCACGGAGCUGUCGGCCAUGAUUCCGAUGUGCCAUGCCAUGUCCCGGAAGCUAGACAAACUGACCGUGCUGCGGAUGGCGGUGCAGCAUCUGAAAACGAUACGCGGUGCGGUCCAUUCCUAUACCGAGGGCCACUACAAGCCAUCGUUCCUGUCGGAUCAGGAGCUGAAAAUGUUGAUCCUCCAGGCUGCUGAGGGUUUCCUGUUCGUGGUGGGCUGUGAUCGAGGCCGGAUUCUCUAUGUAUCGGAAUCGGUUUCGCAAAUUUUAAACUACUCACAGGGUGAUCUAUUAGGGCAAAGCUGGUUCGACAUAUUGCAUCCAAAAGAUGUGGCUAAAGUAAAGGAACAGUUAUCGUCGUCCGAUUUAAGUCCUCGAGAACGACUCAUAGAUGCAAAAACUAUGCUUCCGGUCAAAACGGACGUUCCUCAGGGCGUAACGCGACUUUGUCCAGGGGCGAGACGAUCUUUUUUCUGUCGAAUGAAGUGUAAAACGAGCAUCCAGGUGAAGGAGGAAGCGGACACCACCAAUAUGCCUUCCAGCUGCCAUCGGAGGAAAAACAAAGUCAACUCAGACAAAAAAUAUUCCGUAAUACAGUGCACCGGAUAUCUGAAGUCCUGGGCGCCGGCAAAGAUAGGCUUAGAGGAGCACGAAACCGAUGGCGAAGGCGAGUCCUGCAACCUUUCCUGUCUGGUGGCGGUGGGUCGGGUGCAGCCAAGCCUUUUCCACAAUCAACAUUCCCCCAAUCUCAACAACCAGCGGCCAUCGGAGAAUGCUCCGAAUAAUUCCGGCUCCGGAGGCACAACCGGUGGAGCCAAUGGAGUAACUAAAACAAUGCAACGAAACAACAUUCCGAACCUGAGAAAUGUACAAUUUAUAUCGCGACAUGCGAUGGAUGGCAAGUUCCUAUUUGUGGACCAGCGAGCAACACUGGUGCUGGGAUUUCUGCCCCAGGAGCUGCUGGGGACCAGCAUGUAUGAGUAUUACCAUCACGAAGACAUUCCGGCUCUGGCAGAAUCUCAUAAGGCAGCCCUGCAGGGCAAUCAGUGCGUAACGACUUCCGUCUACCGGCUAAGGACCAAGGAGAAUGGUUUCGUGCGGCUCCAGAGCGAGUGGAAAUCCUUCCGAAAUCCGUGGACUAAGGAAAUCGAAUACCUGAUAGCGAAAAACAAUGUGAUAUUGGUGGACUUCGAUGGGAAUAGCGACGCCCUUGUGGGAGGAAAUGUGGUCACCCACGGAACUGGAGCCAGUAACAGUAACAACAACGGAAGUAGCAACAGUAACAGCAGUAAUAACAACGAUGGCAACGAAACGGAGAACGGGAACAACGAAAGCAAUGGUCAAAGUACGGUUGGAUAUGAAUUAUAUAGUCAUACAAACGGCCGAGAGAUACAACGAAUGAUUAACUCCCACGUAGAGGCUAGUAAGAUUGGUCGACAAAUUGCCGAGCAAGUUCUUGAUCAUCAACGAAGGAUCGGCGACUCGUCUUCUGAAAGCAGUCCCGAUCCGGUUGAACCGGUGAUUCCGCAAAACUUCAACCCCGCCUUCCAGGAUGCGGCCAGCAACCUUUCGAGCGAGGCCGUGGCAGCCGUCGAACGAACGUUGGCCGCAUCCAGCUCCGACAUGUCGCCAACUUCCUCGGCAGCCGGAGCCGGAGCUCCACCACAACGGGUUAACGGUACCCUGCCUGGGUACAAUCACGUCCGCAGCAACAGCAUCGUUAGUCCGGAACAUGAAGUUCCACACACUCCCAACAACAGCACCGAUGGCAACGAUGAAGCCGCAAUGGCGGUAAUUAUGAGCCUUCUGGAAGCAGAUGCCGGUUUGGGUGGUCCGGUUGACUUUUCCGGACUUCCGUGGCCACUUCCUUAAAGACGGCUAUGCAGAGCCGGUGUAUGAAAGUGUUUCUCUCAAUGAUAGUAGAAUUCUGAGUCAUUCCAUUUUAAUACCAAAAGACCCAUCAUUUUGUGUAUAUUUUUAGUAUGAAGAUGAUAAACACAUACCAACAACGCAAUGAAACGAAUAGUUACCAAAUUAGUGAAUGAGAUAAUAAGGGCUGGCUGGCACUGGUAGUGGAAAGUAUACCAGGUAAACAAUGUUUAGUUGUGUAAUGUUUUGAGAAUACAAGUUUAUGUUGUAUUGUUA